GUUUUUCUUUAUUAUCAACACCGAACCGCUCGUUGCAGCAGUGUCUGCAGUUUUCUGUCACUAAUGAAAUGUCAUUUUAAGGGGAGUUCAUAAGGGCCUUGUACGAGUCAGAGGAAAAUUGUGAAGUGGACCCCAUGAGAACGCCACCCUCCGUGCUCCCGGACCACCAGGCCAAUCUCCGAAUGUGCUGUGAGCUGGCACUCUGCAAGAUUGUCAACUCCCAUUGCGUUUUCCCUCGAGAGCUAAAGGAAGUUUUUGCCUCGUGGAGAGUGCGCUGUGCCGAGCGCGGUCGAGAGGACAUCGCCGACCGCCUCAUCAGCGGUUCCCUCUUUCUACGCUUCCUGUGUCCCGCCAUCAUGUCCCCGUCGCUCUUCAACCUCACGCAGGAGUAUCCCGACGAGCAGACGUCACGCACACUCACCCUCAUCGCUAAAGUAGUGCAGAACCUGGCCAACUUCUCCAAGUUUGGCAAUAAAGAGGAGUACAUGGGUUUCAUGAAUGAGUUUCUAGAGAUGGAGUGGGGCUCCAUGCAGCAGUUUCUCUUCGAGAUCUCCAACCUGGACAGUGUCAGUAACGCCGGCGGCUUUGAGGGAUACAUCGACCUGGGCAGGGAGCUCUCUAUACUGCACAGUCUGCUGUGGGAGGUCAUCGCUCAGCUCAGCAAGGCUGCAAGUCAUGACUCAAACUUGAUCUGUCAUAAUCCCCAGGACGCCAUAAUCAAAUUGGGUCCGCUGCCUCGCCUCCUGAACGACAUCAGCAUGGCCCUGCGUAACCCUCACCUCCAGAGGCAGCCCAGCCAUCAGACAGACAGGGUCCAGGAGAGACAGGCAGACAGGCUGCUGUCCCGGCCGAGCUUCAACAGGGGCAUCUCGUCCGACUUUCAAAAUCCCAUGAUGAGGGAUCUUAAUAGCUCUAUAGAUAUCACUCGCUUGCCUUCCCCUACCUCCACCGGAGGGGUGAUGCCAUCCCGCUCGCAGAUGAGUUUUCAGGACCGUGACCACCCUCAUCGAGCGUCCUCCAAAGACAUGUUUUACGUAUCACGCCCUCCCCUGGCCCGGUCCAGCCCGGCCUACUGCACGAGCAGCUCGGACAUCACCGAACCCGACCCUAAGAAUCCACUCUUUCAUCUGGCGACCGCUGACGGGCCUCAACAGCAACAGCUCCACCACCAGCACAGCCGGGCUCAACCCCCAGCGCCCCUGCUCCUGGCCCCAGAGCCGGAGCACUCCCACCAGGCCUACAUCCCACAGUUCGCCCAUGGGGGGUUCUCUCGCAGUGAGGACCUGUCCACCCUCAGGACCAGGGACGGUCACCUGGGCCAACCCAGCAUCAUCCACUCACACAGCUACAGUGACGACUACAGCAGGGCUGACUAUGGACGCAGGCAGAUGUCCAUGCAUGCACAGGAAAACCUUCAACAGCAGCAACAAAUGAUGGGCAUGGCCUCCCAGACCGGAACCUCCCACUCUUCCCUGGCCACCACGCCACCCACCACGGUCCAACCUGUCCGCCAGAGUUCCGUUGCCCCGCCUCCCGCCCAGCGUGUCAAAUCCCAGACUUCCCAUCAGCUGUCCGUCAGUGCGGCUGCCGCUCCCGCCGCUCCGGCCAAAACGCGGCCGCAGAGCGGGAACCUCCUCCAGUCGCCGGAGUCUGGCUACGGCGGCAGGCAGCACGGGCCCCGGCAGCUGUCCGUCAAAGACAACACGGCCCCGGGCCUGCCCCACCAGCAGAGCUCCGUCAGGGAAAACCAGAGUCCACAGGGAACCACCGGUCAGAGUACUCAACAGUCACCGCAGCAGCAGUCUCAGCAGCAGCAGCAGCACCUUCUCAAACCCACCAUGAGCAAACAGGGCUCCCAGACUCCAUCCACCCUCAAUCCCCCCACACCGGCCAACGAGCGGACCGUGGCCUGGGUGUCCAACAUGCCUCAUCUGUCAGCUGACAUCGAAAGUUCGCGGAUCGACCGCGAGGAUUUCAAGCUGAAGGAGUAUUCAAAGAGCAUGGAUGAGUCACGCAUGGACAGGGUACGCGAGUACGAGGAUGAGAUCAACUGCCUGAAGGAGCGGCUGGUGAUGUCCCACAAAAAGCUGGAAGAGUACGAGCGGAGGCUCCUCACGCAGGAGCAGCAGACCAAUAAGAUCCUCCUACAGUACCAGAAUCGACUCGAGGACAGUGAGCGGAGGCUACGGCAACAGCAACAGGAGAAAGACUCCCAAAUUAAAGGAAUAAUUAGCAGGAAAGAAGACGUGGAAUGAAGACAGAGACAGUCCUGCUCGUCUUUUUUUGGGAAAACAUCUUUUAUCGGCCUAACCUUGUAUAUAAAAACCAUCAUCACACACUUUUCUAUGUCUCUGAUCAUCAGCCGUUUUUAUGAAACGCAGCUCUUGCUUUUAACUGGAUCUCGGGGUCGUUUCGAGACGAAUCUACUUAGUUUGAUUUUCUUUUGACUCUCCCAUGAGAUUGCACUGUAAAAGCACAAGAGGAUUGGAAAUUUGUUUCAGAAACAUGUCUGCACUUUUUAAAGCAACACAAAGUGUUUGUUUGGGACCUUCGGGCGCAGGACAAACCGAAGACCAUGGUGUGAUAUUAGCUCUUCCAUUUUAAAUCGAGGUAAACCAUGAUCACUGACAGACUGCUGAUGUUUCUCCACAUAGUGAACAUGGGGACCGAGGCCUCGCUCCUUUUUUUUUUUUACAUAUGACGCUAAAUGAAGAAAGUGGCAGACAAACCUUCAAUCAGUCUGUGAACGAUGAAGAUUCAAGCAUGAAGGCGCAGAGGAAAUAUUCCUCCUCCUAUAGAGAAACUUUAUCAGAGCACUUAACCAUUGAUUAUUGCUCCUCUGGAGUACGAGCUUAAAGUGAAUACGGCCGAUCUGCUUCACACGUAAAGCAUCUUGUGUGGGACACUGGUAUUUCCGAUGCUUACACUUGUGACUUUUAUGGUUUGACCACACAAGCAUGAAUUAAGUAGCAGAUGUUGAUGCUUCCGAGUCGAUUUUACUGACAGUUCACUGAGCCAGACCCUGUCAGCGGAUGCAUUUGUGAACUUGUGCAUCGUCUGAACUUUGAUGCACAUAACGGCGAUGAGCGUGGACGCCAAGAAAUGUGGUCUGAGGCCAACACGUAGGGUUGAUUGGACUCCAAAAUCUCCAAACCAUAGCCUUGUGUUGUUUUGUUUUUUUUCCCAUCACGAAUUGAUAUAUUUAAUUUUAAAUUUUCACAUUCGGAUCUAUGACGUCGGUGCAAGCUCGGGUCCUGCACAAAAAGGAGCCGAAUUUCUUGGCUCCUGUUCAGACUUGAAAUAAAUCUCUAUAUCUGCAGAACUGAAACUGUUAGCAUCGUGUUUCAGAGAAGCCUUAAUGUUCUGUGCAUGGAUUUUAAAGCUCAGAGCAAAUCCAAUAUCUGUCAUUAGACCAGAUACAUUUUAUGUUCUAACAAUCUAAU